AUGUCACUGAAAACAUUUCCAAUUAUCUUCUUUAAUAUGGGCGGGGAAAUGAUUUAUAUAUUGGAGCAACGUUUGACUGCUCAGGAUGUAAUGGAUCAAAAGUCGGUGAAAGUAAUCAAUGAAAUCGUCGGUGCGAUGUUCAAUACGCGAUUUUUGGAAGAAAUCUUUCGGACACAAGAACUGUACCCGAAAAAAGCGGUGAAACAUAUCUUCGAAAAAGUAGCACAUACAAGUAUUAUGAGAUUAAAUGAAGCGAGCAUGGAUAAAUUGUAUGAUUUGAUGAGCAUGACUGUUAAAUAUCAGAUUAUGCUUUGUCCAUGUGCAUCUGAUAUUGUUAAAGUGACUUACAAUCACGUGAAUACAAUGCGUAAAUUAGUUCGUAGCUUCACAGUGCUUGAUCUCCUGGAUAAAGCAUUUCUUGCUUUUAAUAAAUUCUACGAACGAUUGAAUGAUGCCGAAUGGUUGUUAAUUCGUGAUACAACUUUGUUUUUCUUCCAAGAUGUUCAUAUUCGAGUUUCAGUGUUUCUUCGCGAAGACUUACAAACUCAAGAAGGUAAAUUCAUCAUGAAAACGAACGGCGUUGUCCCGACUGGUUUUCAACCACCCGGUGAAAUUCGAACAUACACAAGAGGUCGGUUGAGUAAUACGCAAGCGUUCAAUGCUGGUCAACAGCAUCAACCGGCGGAUGAUACACGUAAUUUUCAAUUGGGUUUAAAUAUUUUUUCGAAGAGUCGAAGUCUGAAGCAAACAAUUCUUAGUGAAGAUCGUACUCCUCAAGCGACAUCCAUGGUCAACGCUGCAUCGGAUAUCGAAAUGCUUAAUCCGGAUCCGAAGAUGCUCACUCAAUUGAGUUUGCUCUCUCAAUUAAUAGGAAGUAAUACAAACAAAGAUGCAUCACGAUCUGGCUUAGUCAAAUUAUCAUUAUUUGACGACGACGAUGAUGAGGACGAUUUUCGGCCACCACCACCUCAAUCACAUCCUCAACAAUCAUCUUCAAAAGCCACAAGUCAAAGGCCGAAACAUGAAGAUAUUAGCAUUGAUGUUUCGAAACGUGAUCCAAAUUCCCGUCUCUCACAUGUUUUACAAGAGUUGGACUUUGACGAGCGUCCAGCACGUCGAGGAAAAAAUAGCAAUGAUGAUGACAACGAUUUAUGCGCAAUGAUGGAUCGUUUGCCUAAUCCUGAAAAUAAACGGCGAUAA